AUGGUUGAUGCAGCUGUAUCAUUUACUAUUGAAAAACUUGGUGAAUUUGUUACCCAACAAAUUAACAUUAGGACUGGAGUGAAAGAUGGUAUAGAGUGGCUUAGAGAUGAAUUGGGCUACUUGCUCAUUUCUGUCAGAGCUGCAGAAGCACACCAACAACUGGAUCAUAUUCGUCGAUGGACAGAAAGCGUCAAAGAGGUUGCUAAUCAAGCUGUGAUUAUCCUGGAGAGGUUUAGCGCCCAACAAGAAGAACAUGCAUCUCAUGAACAUGGUGGCGUUCUGGAUCGUAUGAGGAACUUUAUCUGCAUCUGCAAGAAAGAAGCCAAUCUUUUUGAUAUCGGCAAGGAAAUCCAGUCACUCAAUAAAACAAUCCUUAGGAUAAAAAAUAGGCGAGAUGAGUACCGUAUUACUGACAUAAUCACAGCCACUCCUGCUGUGCAACAGAGAAAGAGAACUGUGCUCAGAGCAGCUUCCUUUGAUUACAAGGACGAUGUGAUUGGUUUUGAGGCUGAUUAUCAGACUUUGCUGGCUCAACUUGAUAAUCCAGAUCCCUCCCUUGGCUUCAUUUCCAUCCACGGAAUGGGGGGCCUGGGAAAGUCUACUCUUGCUAGCAAGCUGUACCACUCCAGCGAAUUAAGCCAUUUUAAGAGUCGCGCUUGGGUUUGUGUCUCGGAGGAUUAUGACAUCACAAAUGUUCUGAGGAAGAUAAUAAAGUGUUUCAACAGAGAUGAACAAGAUUUGUUGAACAAGAUGGAAGAGGGGGAGCUGUUGCGCCACCUGCGAGAGAUACUGCUAGAUGGUGAUCAUUAUCUUGCGGUGAUUGAUGAUAUAUGGGAUAUAGAGUUUUGGAAAAGGAUUAAGAAUGCUUUUCCAGACAAGAAAAACGGCAGUAGAGUCAUUAUAACCACGCGGAACAAACUAGUUGCCAGGGAGGAAUUUGUUGAGGAACAAGAUGGAGUACACGUGGAGGAUGUAGCUGACGAUUAUGCACGUCAUGCAAUCUACAACGGAAUUGGUGAGUACUUUAAAUUACUUGGGCCUAAUUCUGAUAGUUUAAAUUUGCGCUCAUUAGCAUUAACUACUCAAACUGCUAGCCUCGAAUUAGAGGAAAUAAAGUUGAUGUACACGAGAUUCCAAUAUCUAACUACUCAAACUGCUAGCCUCGAAAUAGAGGAAAUAAAGUUGAUGUACACGAGAUUCCAAUAUCUCAAAGUGCUGGACUUGACCAGUGUGCAUGAUUCGAAGGGGAUACCAGAAGAAAUAGGAGAUUUAGUUCUCCUCAAGUUCUUGAGCUUAAUGGGCAGUCCUUACUCUCGUGAAGCUUUAGUGAUUCCUCCAAGUAUAGGCAAAUUGAAAAGGUUACAAACUUUGCAUGCUUCAGACUAUGGCAUAUAUGUAUUUCCAAAAGAGAUAUGUGAGCUUAAGGAAUUAAGGCAUAUAAUCUUUUAUGGAAAUCAAGGGAACUUGAAUAUUGGCAGCGACCAGACGAAGCUCCAAACCAUAAGUGAAAUAAAGCAUAAGGAAUGGUGCCAUAUUGAUACCAAUAAUUGGACCAAUCUCCAUACACUUGUAAUUUCAGGAGAAUAUCAUGGUGAAGAAGAAUCUAGUUUGGAGUCCAUGGAAAAUUUAACAAGUCUCAGAACAUUAGUCCUCGUACAUUUUGGUUUUAUUUCAACAAUGCAGCCACUUUCGUCUUGCAAACACCUCAACAAGGCCGCCUUGUGGUGUAGGAUAAAAGAUGUAGCAGAACUAAGUUUUCUGCCAGAUUCAAUCACUGAUUUAACACUGAAUCUUAGUGGUUCCACCGAAGAUCCGAUGCCCAUUCUGGGGAGUUUGUCCAAUCUUACCUCCCUUUGGUUGCAUGAAUGUGGAGACAAAUUGGUUUUCGGUGCAUAUACGUUUCCAUGUCUACAAUUCUUAAAAAUACAACCCGCUGGUGGUCUGUUUCAACUUGAAGUCGAUGAUGGAGCUCUGCCUUCUUUACGAGCUUUUACAUUAUAUUAUCAUUAUGAGAUGGCUGAGAUUCCGCCACGACUUCUGUCUCUUCCCCCUGCACCAGAAUUUAGUGGCCAUUUGUGGUAG